CUGUGCUUAUUGUUGUGUGUGUGUGUGUCAGCUGGAAGUGUCACGUGAGAGUGAUUUUAUAUUGCUAAUGGGUCUGUGUGUGAUUUAGAUAUGACCAUCCACCUAGGUGCUGUCCGUACACACUGACACUGGGAAUAGAUGUCUGUGCUUCAGGGUUGGUUGCUGUUCCAGGAGCACUGCACCCGAGGGCUUCUGAGAGGGGAGGUCUCUGCUCUCGUGUGAGCCACACCACUACAAGCAUGGGAGUGACUUGCUUCCAUCCUACUGUCUGAUGUUGGGGGCGUGCAGUGUCAUCAACUGCCAUGUAGUCCUCUCUGGCAGCAGUGCCGUGUUAGUUGUGUAUCCAUGUGCCCGGUGGGCCUCCACCUGCCAGCCUAGUGCUCCAGGUUCGGGACCUUCAGCAUUUCUGUCAGUCAGUCAGUGAGCGACCUCACUUCUCCCUCAGUUCCCCUGCUCUGUCUGUCACUUUCCUCAUGGUGGUUUCAGGGGAAAACCUCAACUCACGUCACAGAGUGCAUCACUGUUCUGAUGGGUGGCUCCAUCAGAAAGUAGGGUGCCUACUUCUGGAACCUUUUGGUUAGACUUUGCCUCUAUAGGAUUCUGUAUGGUCACUUGUUUCUGUCUCACUUUGAGCCAACCUGUCUUUAUUUUAAAUAUAGUCUGUUUCCCGGUUUUAAAAAAAUGUUUGAUGAAAGGUCUUUUCCCAAAUUCAUUGAAACUUCUCUCUCUCUCUCUCUCUCUCUCUCUCUCUCUCUCUCUCUCUCUCUCUCUCUCUCUCUUUCUCUUUCUCUUUCUCUCUCUCUCCCCCACCUUCCUUGCUCCCCUCCCUCCCUCCUUCCCUCCCUUCCUUUCUUGAUAGGGACUUCUAUAUAGCUCAAGUUGGUCUUGAAUUCUUGACCUUUCGGCCUAAACCUCCCACAUUCUUGGGUUAUAGAUGCCUGCCAACACACAUCUCUUUUAGAUUUUUACAUGGUAUUACUGCAUUUGAGUAAGACGUUCAUGUUGAAUUUCCCUGUCUUAGUUAUUGUUCUGUUGCUGUGAAGAGACACCAUUACAAGGCACCUUAUAAAAAGAAAACAUGAGAGCAUGCGUGCAGUGUCAGAGGGUGAGUCCAUGACCACCAUGGCAGGGAGCACGGUAGCAGGCAGGUGAGCAUGGCCCUGGAGCAGUAACUGAGAGCUUACCUCGUGAAACAGUGGCCAUGAGGCAGAGGGAGAGGGGAAGACAGAAAGGCAGACAGAGAUGCAGAGGCAGAGGGCUAACUUGGAAUGAUAUGGGCUUUUGAAGCUUCAAACCCCAAUUCCAAAAUCAUACUUCUCCAGCAAGGCUACACCUCCUAAUCGUUUUCAGUGAGUUCCAUGUACUGUGGACAAGCACUCAUAUGAAUGACCCUAUGGGAGUCAUUGUUAUUCAAACCAUUACAGAGGUGUUAGUCUGUCUGUUGCUCAGCCUCUGGAGACACAGCUCUCCCAUGUGUCUUCACAUUGCUGUGUGUGAGGUGGCGAAUGUGUUAUACUCCUUCCCUGAUGCCGGAUCGAGCAGUAAUGUAAAUACUGACCCAUGUCAGGUGAGCAGACUCUCCUUACCUCUGAAGGCAACCUGUCUGUAGUCACCUCACUAUGACUGCUGCCUCGGUUUCAUGGCUGCCACAUCCGCUCCAGCCUUCUGCCUUCAAUUUUCUAAUCCAGCCCUCCACUUUCUCUCCUUAUAUGUGUUUGGUUUUGGACGCUGGACAAGGGAAUGAAGUGCAUAUUUUAUAUAGCAAAGCAGACCUGGCCUCCAGGUUCUCCCAGAAUCCCUCAGUCCCUACCUGGCCUACCCUGCCCCCAACCCUGAACUUUCUAACCUAGGGGCUGGACUGCCCUUCCCCUAGACAUUUUGUUCUCUCUCUCUCUCUCUCUCUCUCUCUCUCUCUCUCUCUCUCUCUCUCUCUCUCUCUCUCUCUCUUUCUCUCUUUCUCUCUUUCUCUCUCUCUCUCUCUCCCUCCCUCUCUCCUCUUCCUGUUUUAUAAAAAAGGAGAGAGAGAAUAUGUUUGGUGGAGGUGCAGUCAGGUGUUGGGGAAGGGGGUGGCUCUGCGGGCCCAUGCUGAGGCAUCCCUUCCCCCUGAGUGACUAGCCAAAUGACAGUAUAGCGUAGAAUAGAAUUUAAUCAGGGUAUGGGGAGGGGAGUUGAGAGGAUAGUAGAGACAGUAGAACACAGAGAGAGAAGGAGUAGAGGAGUAGAGGUGGGCCAUGAGCAUGUGGAAAGAGAGGGGAGGGAAAUUUGGAAAGAGGGGGAAGGGAUGAGAAGACAGAGCGUGAGCAGGAAGGCAAGAGAGAGAGGAGGGGCAAGCAGCCCCUUUUAUAGUGAGUCAGGCACACCUGGCUGUUGCCAGGUAACUGGGACAGAACCUAGACUAAAUGCCAACAUCUUCUCUUUUCUCUCUUUUCUGAGCAUAUCCAUCCUUCUCCAGCCCCCCCCCGCCCCCCCCCCAUGACUCCCAUGGCCUCAAUCCUAGGGGCCAGUGAAUUUGCCCAAGAGCAGCUUCUCAAUAAGCCUGCCUUUAAUAUGAUCUAAUCUGGCAUGAAUUGGCUCAUUUCAUUGGUGGAAAAAUAACCUAUCAAUAGGGAGAUUGUGGUCGUUCAUGCUUGAAGAGAGCCAAGUUUCUGUGCCUAAGACAGUAGUCUCAGGAAAGUAACAUGUAGGCAGGUGGGUGCUCUUUGUGAUUAGCACAAUCAGCUGACCUUGGGAACCUUCAGCUUUGACAGUCCCGCUGCGGGUGCAUGAAGGUGAGGCCUAGUCUAUGUGCAGAGCCAGUUCUUGACCCCAGAGACGCAGCCACAGGGCCUGCUGGUUAUCCAGGGUGCAGGAUCUGAGGUGGUGGGUGCAGAGCUUACUCUGAUGGUAUUGUCAGCACAGGGUUUCUCCAGCUGGCAGCCUGGAACACAUACUGUACACAGUGGUGGCCAGGCAUGGUCACUAUGACAUUCCAUUCAAAAGGCAGAUGGAAAGCAGCCAAAGCCAGUCCAUGGUGAUUUCAAGUGUUCACUCGGUGUCUGUCUGGAGUCCUCAGGACCAGGGUCUCCUGGGCUUUAUUAUCACCUCAGGAUCCACUUUCCUCCCAGGUGAACUCUACUCCUAGGCACACUGAGCUCAAUCGACUCACUGUGCUCACUAUGCUCACUGUGCUCCGUGUGCUCACUGUGCUCUGUGUGCUCACUGUGCUCACUGUGCUCACUGUGCUCCAUGUGCUCACUGUGCUCCGUGUGCUCACUGUGCUCACUGUGCUCACUGUGCUCACUGUGCUCCGUGUACUCACUGUGCUCACUGUGCUCCGGGUGCUCCGUGUGCUCACUGUUGUUAUAGACUCAGUGUCCUAGCCACACUUCCAUGCCAUUCUCCAGGUUGUCCUCAGGUCAGCCUGUUUAGCGUUUGGUGUGUAGAGCUGAGCUUUCCAGUCAUCAUUGUUGUUCCUUCUCUCAACAGCUCUUUCUUCAAUUUAUUGCGCUCUCCUCACAUUUCCACAGUAUCCCAUCUGUUGCUUACCAGUGUUGAGGGACCAGCUUCAUACCGCAGGCCAAGGCAGAGGCAGCCUUGCUGUGUCUUCUGUCAGCAAGGCAGCACUUUGCAGUUCCCACUGGGUUUUGGUUCUUGAAGUAGACUAACCCCUGUUGAAUCUAUACCAUUUCAGCUUAUCUACAUUUCUUUUUAACUUUCUUCCUUAUGUUUCUCAAUUGUUGGGAUUUGGAGCAGCUGCCCAUUGUAGGGGUUUGCUACCACAGUACACAUUGUACACUUUCAUAUCCUCACCACUAAAGAGAUGGGCUUUGGGGCAGCACUGUCUGCUCCCAGGCUCCAGAGUAUAUGCUGGUGGCUUAAUGGGUCCCCUGCUGAGUCCCCUGGCAAGUGUGAGCCCCGAUUGUGGAUAUAAUUCGGUUUCUAGGGCUUCUGGAUCUGAAUGUCUGAUUUGCUGGCUCUCCACUUGGGUCUUACCAGCUCCUCAGGCAUUAUGGUGCUGAUAGUGAUUUGAGCUGUCCUGGCAGCGGUUAGCAACAGCAGCAGAUCGGUGUUAAGGGGAAGUCUUAGUGCUGACUGUGCCGUGUGUAUCACUCUCUUCCAGUUGUGCUGAGUCUUUCAAGGACCGAUGAGAGACUAGCUCUUUCCACUGCAUGUUGAAGGCAGCCUGGCCCACCAUUCAGAAUUCUCCUCAUCUCUCCCUGUCUCUAGGAAGGGUGUAGUUUGACAGCAUGUGAGGCUGAAUUCCAGGAAUGCUGUUUGCAGCUUUGCUCUGCGGGCAGCACUGUUUUCCAGAAUGCCGAGCUCUUCUCAGCGCAGCCAGCAGGGGCUGGUGAACUUGAACUUCUUAGAUUUUUUUGCUCUUUGAAGCUAUGCUUUGUGGUAUACUCAGUCUACUCAAAUGAUCUGUGGUGACAUUCACCAUCAUGGGGACAGGUGCCCAACUCUUCUCUCUAGAUGCCUCUAGAAAACCUUGGCUCUACAGGUCACAGCUCUGCCAUGUCUGACUGCAUAUAACAGCCUUCUCAGGAAGAACUACCCAUUGUACUUUGCAAGUGAAUGCUUAUAUCUUUUUUUUUUUUUUUUUUUUUUGUAUAUGAAGAUUGCCCAUGAACUACUAGGCUUCCAUGUGAUCAUUUGUUAGUGUGCAUGUUUGUAGAGAAGCCCACCUUUUGUGAUAUGGUGGGAGGGGCAGCAUCUUUCAGUCAAGGCUGAGGCUUUCAAGAUGUGUCUCAGUGCACAGCUGGUAGGGAGGACAGGCCUGGAAAGUAGAUUGAUGGUUUGAGGCCAGCAGGCUUUGGGAACCACUUUUUAUCAUUUUGUGUCCUUCGGUCAGUGUCUGUGUAUACUUUUUGCCUGUGUGCUAAACUCUUAGUGGAUCUUACUGAAGAUGGGAGAGAGAACCAUGGGAAGGGAGCUUCUAAGAAGAGAGUUAGACAUGGAAUGCACUUAGACAGGUGUGCCCUUGUGUAAGAAUCUUGGUUUGGACACUGCUGUCAACAGCAGUGCUCAGGUUGUGUCUUAAUUGGGAUAUGCAGGAUCUCCACAGUCACGGGAAGUCUGAGAAUGGUGGCAUCUUGAUGGAUACACAGGUGCUCCAGUGCCUUGAGAGUUCAUGUGGGUGAUAGGAUGGCCUGGUAGUGCAAAUGGCAAACCUCUUUUAGUCAUUGGGAGGAAAGGCAAAGAAGGCCCUUGUAACUCCAGUGUCUCACAGGUCUCACGGGCUGAGUGCUGCUCUUCACUCUUGUCGAGGGGCAAGAACUUGUAAUAAGAUAAAGAAACCUGAGGAUUGUUACCACCAAACUGUGACUCAUCUGUCUUUGCUUAUAUCUCUGCCAGGAUGAAUGUGUAGGCACAUAUUGUCACAGGUUAUCCAAAGGGGUUUGUGCACUGUGGGUCUGUAUUUAGCCAUUGCCUGUAAAGACUAAAAAAAAAGUUUUCAAACUUAGGGUGGUGUUUGAAGAUAGUGAAGAUAGAAAGGCCAGCCCUACCUUUUUGCACUAAUCAGUUUUUUAGCAGUCUUGGGGACUGAAUUCAGGACCUCACACAUGUGAGGCAAAUCUUGUUCCUUUUGAGCUGCGUCCCCAGCCCUUGUACUGAUGACUCCUUAAGGAGCAUGUGCCCCUAUGAGCAAAGGGGAGAUAUUUCCAUAGUAGACAGCACACAGAACUUGUGAGUACUUAGCACAUGGUAUCAAAUUGCUGGUGGGGCCUGAGGACAGUGGUGACAAAUAACAGGUCUUGAUUGUUUGCUCAUCCUAAAAGUGGUGUUAUUGCCAUCUGGAAAAAGUUCAGUCACUCAAGUAAAGGCAGUGAUGAUAUGCACUCACAGAUUUCACUGCCUUUGGUCUGCCAGACCUUUUUGUAGUCUGUCUUUCUCAAAAUAUGUUUUCGGUAGACUUUUAAGCCUUACGAGGAUUUUGCCUCUUGGGCUGCCUUCAUGUUCACUUACAAGGUUCAUGUCCAUCACAAGGUCCAUAUCCAUCCCAAGGUCCAUAUCCAUCACAAGGUCCAUGUCCAUCACAGAUUCAUGUCCAUCACAGGUUCAUGUCCAUCACAAGGUCCAUGCCCAUGACAAGGUUCAUGUCCAUCACAAGGUCCAUGUCCAUCAUAAGGUUCAUGUUCAUCACAGGUCCAUGUUCAUCACAAGGUCCAUGUCCAUCACAAGGUUCAUGUCCAUCACAAGGUCCAUGUCCAUCACAAGGCUCAUGCCCAUCACAAGGCCCAUGUUCAUCACAAGGUCCAUCACAAGAUCCAUGUCCAUCACAAGGUUCAUGUUCAUCACAGGUCCAUGUCCAUCACAAGGUCCGUGUUCACCACAAGGUCCGUGCUCAUCACAAGGUCCAUGUCCAUCACAAGGUCCAUGUCCAUCACAAGGUCCAUGUCCAUCACAAGGUCCAUGUCCAUCACAAGGUCUGUGUCCAUCACAAGGUCCGUGUCCAUCACAAGGUUCAUGUCCAUCACAAGGUCUGUGUCCAUCACAAGGUCCGUGUCCAUCACAAGGUUUUCAUACAGUUCACAGGAGAAGGAAAGCACACAUGCCAGUGAAAAGACUUUGCUGUUUUAUGUAUUUAAGAUUUAGUUUAUCUUUAUGUGUACAUGUGUCUCUGAAUAUCUGCCAUAUGUGUGUGGGUGUCCUUAGAAACCAGAAGAGGACACCAGAGCCUCUGGAACUGGAGUUACAUGCACUUAUGAGCUACCAAGGUAGGUGGGAAUUGAACUCCAGUCUUUUGGAAGAGCAGCAAGUGCUCUCUCUUAUGGCAUGCUGAGCCAUAUCUCCAGACCCAACUAUCCUGCUUUAAAAGCAUUUUUAUUUUUCCGACUUAGCAUGUAUUGUGUGUGUUCAUACUGUCCAUGUGUGUACUGUGUGUAGUAUGUGUUUUAUGGUGUUCUUUUACACAUGUGCACCCAUACAUUGACAUAAGCGUCUGUGUGUGAGUGUGUGUGGUGUGUUCUGCUUUUGCUGAUACUAUCCUUGCUGAUACCCAUGUAGCAGUGAUCUCACAGUCAGUAGAGGGCACCAUUGUCCUGACACUGUGUCCUUGCUUGUGGCCCAUCACAGGGUCCCCACAUUAUGUGUUCUGGUGGCCUCAAUCUUUACUGCUGCUCUGAAUGGCCACAUGCCAUUCCUGAAACCUUCUCUUCUGACCCUUGUAGAAGUGUGCUCUGACUCUCAGACUUUGCAUGCAAGACGUGUCUCAGACUUGGAUUGACUCCUGCCAUCUCCCUUCUUGUGGCCAGGGUACAUUCAUGGGGUUGGCACAGAUCUGUAGAGAAUUUAAUUCCUGACUCCUAAACCACAGGAAUUCAUAGAUGGUUCCUCAGUACUAGGGGCCGUUAGUACUUGGGAUGGCUAGAAUAUGGUAGGUGGUCUGGCCAGAACCUGGAAUGUGGUAUGCCUUCACCCUCUAGAUCUCCAUGUGCACACCUUAUUCAUGAAGCCUUUCUGCAAUGUCAGCAGGAGCUUCUAAAAGGCAGCACAGAACUCUUAGGGCAGCUGUAGCGUAGGGGCCAGAUCCAUAGGGUAGAUCUGGUAUAUCUUUUUCUAGUGUCAACCGUAUUGAUUUUAAGCAAUGAAAGGAUUAUUGAGCCCUGUGACAGGUCUGUGAGGAAGGUGUAGCUGUAGUGUCUAGGACAGAGAGAGGACACACAGCCCCAAUACAGGGUUCCAGAGCAUGUGGUCCAGAGGGACAGACAGAUGUGACCAGCAGCAAUGGUGUGAUUUGAAUGCUGUGUCUUCUCAUGAGGUAAAGGUAACUGCCCACUCUGUGGGUUAGAGGCUGUGAAAUGGUUUUUUCAGAGCAACUGCUAUCACUUGAGCUUUAUGCGUGGAUCCAUGAAAUGCGGCCUCCUGCAGUGCUGGGGAGGGAAGUUAAGCCAUGCUUGUUGCAUCUGUGUCUCCUGCUGUUGAGCAUGUAGCUUCUUCAGAGGAGCAUGGAGGGACAUCCCAGGGGCUCUCCUGCUUGAGUCUCUCUGGCUCAGUUUAUCUGUAGCCUGGAGUUGCUGAGGCAGGUGAUCCACAAUACCCUGCUGGUCCCAGUACCCUGAGUGCUCUGAUUACAGUAAUGGCCACAUCCACGGGUCAAGGUACAACCUCCUGUUAAAAGCCACCAUUUCCCCUUUAUCUCUGUGCCACGUUAGAAAAGAAUUAUGUUUUUCAAUUUAAAUGAUUGCUUGGUGAAAAUGAGCUAAGAGAAGAAGGGUUUCCUGGGUAGAGAGUAUCUUAAGGCUUCUCUCUAUAAAACCAGAAUUCUGAGAUGAAAUGAUCAAGAGUCCUUUGAGAAUGGCACCCGGGAGAGGUAGGGAGAACAAUUAGAGUCCAUGAGGAUCACUGUCGAGGGGAUGCUAAUUAAAUGUGGGAGCAGAGGAUGCCUGGCUGCACGUGGGGCCCUGCUGCAUAUCUCUGAAGCGUGCUGGCUUCUGUCGUUGCUUACUUCCCUUCGUGCUUGCUGAGCAGAUAUUAAGACUGAAUAACAACUUUGUUUUAAGGUAAUAUAUACUUGGAAACGGCAGGGCUAGCUUUUCUCAUGAUCUUGGGCCAAGAAAGAGUUCUUUGAAAAAGAGAGAAGAAUCAAGAGCUUACUGCUGAGGACCUGUCACUCUGGAGACCCUUGGGGCUCUUCCCGUGCUGGGGCUCCCAGGCACCCUCCCUAUUAGUCUGUUGGUGGCAGCUUCUUUUUAGAACCCCUGCCUUCCUCAGAUGUUGAAUGUGAGUGUCUCAGCACUGCCAGACCUUGUCUGCAAUUCCAUCCUAGUUUUCACACUACAGUAUGCUCUGAAAGGAAGCAUGUUAUAUUUAAGUUUAAACCUAAAUGCAGCAUGUUACUCAACAGCGCAGGCACAUUCUGAGAACUGUGUGGCCGGGUGAUCUCGUCAUAGCAUCACAGAGAGUGCUUACAUACCCUAGGUGGUGUGGCCUCACAGGCAUCAGGCUACAGGGCAUGAGGACGACAUAGAGCCUGCUUCUGUUAGCGCCAAAUACAGAAAAACUUAAGGCUAAAUCUAGCCCAAGAUGUGGUGCAAUCAAAACGCUGCUGCCCACUGACACGGUAGUCUGUUUAACACUAUGUGUGUUUCUUUGGUAAGAAGAUGAAAAAUUAGUGUGGUAAAUACAUAAACCAGAAACAGUUAAUUUUCACUGGAGUGUGUCGUUGUAUGUGGCAUGAAACACCAGUACUCACAUGAGUUAUGUGUUGUGUGGUGACAUCACUAGGUGAUGAAGACUUUGAGCAACUCUUAAUGUGCAGCUUAUUCCUGACUGAAUUAGCAUGAAUUUCAUUUCCUUAUCUAAUGAGUCUUAGUCUUUCUGGGAUAAGCAAAUGUCACAUUGGUUGAGCUGCCUUCUCUGGAAGAGCUGUGUGCUGAAGAUGACUGCCCUGGGAGGAACUGAGGGGAUGGAGAGUUAAGUGUGUCCCUGCAUGGACAUUGGAUGGUACUUUUCGUAGACUUCUUUUGGUUUGGAGUUUGUAUAUAUUGAUUCAUUGACACCACUUGUUGUGGUGAGAGAUGAGAUAUCCACCCCACGUCAACUCCCCCAGGUCCCUGUGGUUGUGAUCUUGGCAAACAGUCAUUAUGUUAAUUGGAUGAGGCCUCCUUUUGGGUAUGAAUAGCCUAAAUUUUAUUCUCUUUAAAAUUUCAAUGCUGCCUGUUUUAAUCAAUAGUUAGUGAUAAACAUAGCAUAAAGAAAUGAAUUCCCUAUCUCUAGCUCAUUUCCAAGUCUCUUGAUGUAUGUGGACCGAAAGUAGUGAUGCUAAAGGCCUGUCUAAAUGGCUCUGUGGCCCCACCUAGAGUGGACAGCAUUGUCUGGUGAGGGCGGAAGACUGCAGAGUGGCCUGACUGAAGCGGCUAUGAGAAGCUCAGAGGGUAAGCAGGACAAGUCACAUGACUUUCCUUAUUUCCAUUAUUCUUGUUUUACACACAAGGAGCCUCGCAAUGUCAAUGAAAAUGGUGGUGGCAACAAGGACACAGUGAUACUUUUCAGUGCUUCGGUGUCAGACAUGAAGACAAGUACUUUAUCUGAUAACAAAUUAUGGGUUACCUAGUUAAUGCCUGCUUUUUUUAAAAAAUUUUUUUAUUAGGUAUUUUCCUCGUUUACAUUUCCAAUGCUAUCCCAAAA